GUCUGCCUGUUAAGCUAGUAAAUGGACGUGAUACUACAGAAGGUCGACUGGAAGUUUUAAUUAACAAUGAAUGGGGGACCGUUUGUGACAAUGAAUGGGACGACAACGAUGCCAAAGUUGUCUGUCGCAAUUUGGGACUCCCCAGUGCAAAUGCUGUAUCUCGAAGAUCUUCAUACUUUGGUCAGGGCGAUGAUAAAAUAUGGUUUGAUAAUUUGGACUGCCUUGGUACAGAAGAUGAAGUAAUGAACUGCAGUCACGAUGGAAUCGGAGUUCACAAUUGUACUCACGACAACGAUGCUGGAGUCAGCUGCUUACAUACCCGCCUGGUGGGAGGACGUGAUAGGACAGAGGGUCGAGUUGAGGUUUACAUCAACGAUGAAUGGGGUACAGUCUGUGAUGAUGACUGGGAUAACAGCGACGCUCAGGUUGUCUGUACUCACCUGGGAUUUCCAAGCUUUACAGGAGUAGCGCUUGGAUCUGCCUCUUUUGGACAAGGUAGUGGGCGUAUCUGGCUGGAUAAUGUUGGAUGUACAGGAUAUGAACACGAUAUACGGAAGUGUCGUCAUAGUAGUAUAGGAACAAGUGACUGUCACCACAGCGAAGAUGCUGGCGUCAGGUGUGUACCCCUGCGCCUGGUUGAUGGGUCUUCAAAGAGAGAGGGUCGAGUUGAGGUAUACAUGAACAACCAGUGGGGGACCGUCUGUGACAACGAUUGGACCAAAAAUGAGGCACAGGUUGUGUGUGAAAACAUUGGAUACGCUGGGUAUAAUGCUGUAGAGCGUCGUUCUGCAUACUUCGGGGAGGGCAGUGGAGAUGUUUUAUUGGACGAGGUGCAAUGUACAGGAAAAGAGAACGACCUGCUAUCGUGUAGUCAUGGAUAUGUGGGCAAAAAUAACUGUACACACAACAAAGACGCAGGAGUCAGCUGCCUUUCCGUUCGGCUGGUUGGAGGAAAAACUCCGAUGGAGGGUCGAGUAGAGGUUUUGAUAAGGAACGAGUGGGGGACUAUCUGUGCCACAAACUGGGAAAAGGAGGAUGCUGCAGUCAUUUGUCGUAUGUUAGGAUAUGACGGAUUCUCGAGUAUAGCUCGUUCUUCUGCGUAUUACGGAAAAGGGAGCGGAAGGAUAUGGCUGGACAAUGUAGGUUGCUCUGGUAAUGAAAUGGACAUCCUAAAAUGCAGAAAUAAUGGUGUUGGAAUUCACAGAUGUCAACAUUCAGAUGACGCAGGAGUGAGCUGUGUCCCCACUCGUCUUGUGGGAGGCGGUGCUGAAUACGAGGGUCGAGUGGAGGUUUAUAUGAACCAGGAAUGGGGUACAAUAUGUGAUGAUGGCUGGGACGAUACUGAUGCUGAUGUGGUCUGUCGUAGUCUGGGAUAUGCAGAGAACAUAGGAAAAGCCACCAAUGCCUCAGGAUUAAAGCGAGGAAGUAAAAAUAUUUGGAUGACCAAAGUUGAAUGUUCCGGAUCAGAAAAUGACGUCAUUUCCUGUCCUCAUGGCAGUGUAGAAUUACGUAACUGCAGUCAUGAAAACGAUGCCGCCGUUAGCUGUUUUCAACGUAUUCGUUUGGUAAAUGGCAAUCAGUUCGGUGAGGGUCGCGUGGAGAUUUUUAUUAAUAAUGAAUGGGGAACAAUCUGUGAUGACAACUGGGACAUAAACGACGCCAAAGUCGUCUGUCGUAGUCUUGGUUUGCCAAGCUCUCGUGCAGAGGCUCGAAUAAAAUCGUAUUUUGGAGCAGGUUUUGGACGCAUUCUGUUGGACGAUGUCAAUUGUACGGGAUUUGAAACGUCUGUAUGGAAUUGUAUUCACCGAGGAGUUGGGGUACACAACUGUGGUGCACAAGAAAUUGCUGGAGUAAGAUGUAGAUAAUAUCCCUCAAUCGUUCCAUUUUAGCUUUUUUUAUAAUAUUAAAUUUCUUCCGAUGCUCUAAUUGUGAAUUGAUCCCAGAUAAAAUUUCGUAAUAAUGUUUGAUAGUGUAAUAUUAUGAAACGAUUUUUCUUUAUUGUAAAAAUGUUUUGCACAUUAGUACUAGUAUAUUUACAUUAAAAUAUCGAUCAACAGAUUUGCAAAUGGGAAAUGUACAUACAAUUCUACUCAUAACUAUUUUAUUCUAGUUAUCUUUCUUAUCGUCUUCUUUCAGUCUGCUCAGUAUAUUCAUAUCCAUGUAUAUAUUGUGCACUUGUAUGCUGCAAAAGCACUUCUUAAAUAUUACUACA